UAUAUUUAUAUAUAUUUGGACCCAUUUUUAGGUGAUAGGAGCUACAUCAGAAAUAUGUACUUGGAGAACAAAGAUGGAGGAGUCAUUUCAAGAGAGCUAGAGAUGGAAUUAAAUCAAACAUCAGCUCCAGCUCAUGCAAAUGCACAUGCACAUAUGGGAGCUGAGCCAAUUACGGACAACUUUAGUGAACUGAGGUUGCUGAAGGAGUUCCGUAGGAUAGCAGCUGUACAAGGAGAAUCCCAGAAAUCCUCUUCCAGUGGAAUAGAAGAGGAUGACUGCUGUAUUACUUUGGAUGAUGGCUUUGGCCCACUUCACAUGCAAGAGAGAUCCCACUUUAAUCCACCCAAAUUCUUCAAUUCUAGGUCGAAAGAUAGCUGCUUUACUGAAAAGACUCCUUUGUUAAAGACUUCCAGGGAAGAAAAUGGGACUAUUCACCAUUCAGUUUCACUCAUGGAUGAUGAAUCUUGGGACAGUAGCUCUGUUGAGUGGGAGCAAAGAUGCCUAUUAGGAAAUGAAAUUGUCAGCUUCUCCACAUCUGCUUCCUCAGAGAAGAGUGAAUUUCUGGACAGUUUUCCUGUCAAAUUCAAUCUAUCAAAAUUGAGAAGCUGCUUAAAAUGUCUGAAAGUCACAGGCCUUUUUAUCUUUGGAGUUGUGUGUUCUAUUUUAUUUAGCACAUAUCCAGAUCAUGGAAAAUCCUGGCAGAUGUUGGCUGUGUCACCUCUGGAAAGCUACUCUGUGAAUCUUACAGAGAUUGGCGACUCUGCUUUACUCAAGUUAGAACUGGCAGGGUCCUUGAUUGCUGGUGUGGUUGAUCGACCUCAAGCAGAAGGAUAUAUUGUGGUUGAGGUUACUCAGUCAGAAGACCCUAGCUCCCGAAGGAGACACCCACAACAGCAGGUCAUCUAUAACUGGACCAUCUUUUUAAAUUCCAGAAGAAAUGAACGAGCUGUUACUUCCAGGACUUUUGAGAUAAUUACCAGAGAGACCAUUUCAAUAAAUAUUCAAGCCUUUCUCCAGAAAAACCAAGUGAUUCCUCUCUCAAUGACUCAUCAAUAUCUCCAUGCAGAUAUAGAGACUCAAGUAAUGAUUGCAUCAGUCAUUUUGGUAGGAGUCUAUGGACUGAUCAUAUUUGAGAUUGUUCACAGAACUCUGGCAGCAAUGUUGGGCUCCCUUGCCGCAUUAGCAGCAUUAGCUGUUAUUGGUGAUAGACCCAGCCUGGUCAGAGUGGUGGAGUGGAUUGAUUAUGAGACUCUGGCAUUAUUGUUUGGAAUGAUGAUUUUAGUGGCCAUAUUUUCAGAAACUGGAUUUUUUGACUAUUGCGCAGUAAAGGCAUACUGGCUGUCUCGAGGCAGAGUGUGGGCCAUGAUCAUUAUUUUAUGUCUCAUUGCUGCAAUUCUUUCAGCAUUUUUAGAUAAUGUCACCACAAUGCUUCUCUUCACACCUGUUACCAUAAGGUUAUGUGAGGUGCUCAAUCUUGAUCCCAGGCAUGUCCUAAUAGCAGAAGUGAUUUUUACAAAUAUUGGAGGAGCUGCCACAGCUGUUGGGGAUCCACCAAAUGUGAUUAUUGUUUCCAAUCAGGAGCUGAGAAAGAUGGGAAUGGAUUUUGCUGGAUUCACAGCACACAUGUUCAUUGGAAUUUGUCUUGUUCUCUUCGUCUCUUUUCCUUUUCUGAGACUCCUUUACUGGAAUAAAAAGCUUUAUAAUAAGGAGCCAAGUGAGAUUGUUGAAUUGAAACAUGAAAUCCAUGUUUGGAAGUUGACAGCACAACGAAUUAAUCCUGCUAGUAGGGAAGAGACAGCAGUGAAAUGCCUCCUGAUGCAGAAGGUUUUAACAUUGGAGUUUUUGCUCAAGAAGAAACUCAAAACAUUCCAGAGACAAAUUUCUCAAGAAGAUAAAAACUGGGAGACAAAUAUCCAGGAGCUACAAAAAAAGCAUAGGAUAGCAGACAAAAUUCUCCUCAUCAAAUGCCUGACUGUGCUGGGAUUUGUUAUCUUCAUGUUCUUUCUCAAUUCAUUUGUACCAGGCAUUCACCUAGAUCUUGGGCAUAUAAACUAGAAGGCUCAGCCAGGGAGAUUCAGAGACAAGUGGACAGAAGGCUGAAGGCUGGAGCACAAGCCCUUG